AUGCGGCUUGUUCAGAUCUGUGUGGCUUUGGAUAUCAGCUUGUUUCAUCCUUAUAGUCAUGUUGCAGGGUCUGUAAGAGAUGUAACCUUCUCUCAGGAAGUGAACCCUAAUGUUUGUGCAGUGUUUGCUGUACAGGAAGGAAAAGUAGGAGAAACAGUAUAAAAAGGCAGAAAACUCAGCAUGAGAAGCCCCGCUCAGCAGCCCAGAAGACUCCAGAACCAUGAGAAAAGGCAUCUGGCCUUUGCAAAGCCGCAGAUAAACUUGGAGGUGCCCAACUUCAGAGCCACGACUAAGUGAACGUGGAUCUGCAACUCCAUCUCAAGAAAAAAGAACUGGGCAAAGUAA